AUGCAACAAUUUAUGAUGGAUAAUGUUUCCGAUAUCACUAUGCUUACUCUGUCAGGGUUAAAUGGCACAACAAACUACAGAGUCACUCUCUUUACUCUCACGUUAUUGUGUUACCUUGUGAUUUGGUUGGUAAAUGGGAUUAUUAUUACAACAAUCAUUCUAGAUAAAAUCCUUCAUGAACCCAUGUACAUCUUCAUCUGUAACCUGUGUAUUAAUGGACUUUAUGGGACAACUGGAUUUUAUCCCAAAUUCUUGAAGGAUCUUUUGUCUUCCACUCAUGUCAUCUCUUAUGCUGGAUGUCUCCUGCAGGGUUUUGUGUUACUCUCUUCAGCUUGUGCUGAUUUCUCUUUUCUGGCUCUAAUGGCCUAUGACAGAUAUGUAGCUAUAUGUCGACCUCUGGUGUACCACUCUGUAAUGACUAAGCAAAGAGUUUGUGUAUUUGUGUGUUUUGCUUGGCUUGCGCCUUUGUAUCUGGUGUUCAUGAGCACAGUAACAACAGCAACAAGGUUAUGUGGUUCACAAAUACCAAAGAUCUAUUGUGUUAAUUGGUUAAUUUCUAAAUUAGCUUGUUCUACUUCCAUAGUAACAAUUAUUAUUCCAGCUUUUAAUUAUACAUUUUAUGUUGCCCAUGUUUUUUUUGUUGUUUGGACUUACAUACAUAUAAUCAAAUCAUGCCUAACAUCUACAGAGAACAUGCAUCAGUUUCUGCAGACAUGUGUUCCACAUUUGUUCACUUUAACAGUUUUUGCUGUAUCUUUGCUAUUUGAUUUCUUGUACAUGCGAAUUGGCUCAGUACAGUUAUCACAAAGUGUCCAGAAUUAUAUGGCAAUAGAAUUUCUACUUUUCCCCCCAAUUAUCAAUCCCCUCAUAUAUGGUUUCAAAUUAACACAAAUAAGAAAAAGAAUUAAAAAUUUAAUGUGUUGUAAAGGUUAG